CAUAAAUGAAUAUAUCCAACUUUAUACCAAAGACCCAAAGUCAUCAAUACAAAAAACACAAGGACGUGUAUAAAACGCCAGUUUUGGUUUGGAGCAUAUUUCAUUAUCUGCCGUUGAUUCUAAACUUCGUUCUUCAUUUUCUUUAUUCUUCUUUGUAUCUAGUUCCUUCUCUCCCACAUAAGUUGCUGCCAUACCAAACAGAAGUUAAGUUUGGUGAGGUAUAUUUCCACAAAGAUUUUGGUUUUUAUGCAUAUGGGUGUCUCGAAAAUUUCUUAGAGAUGAAAAUUUCCCUCCUUUCAUGGAUUCCCUUGAUAUCCUUGCUGCAAAUAAUAUUGGGCAUAGAUAAUACUGUUAUAUCCGGCCAAUGCCCGAAUGAUCAAAGAUCACAGUUGCUGCAGUUGAGGAAUAGCCUAAAGUUCAAGUUGGGGGCUCCAAGCAACAAACUUGCAAACUGGAAUGAGAUCACAGAUUGUUGCCACUGGCAUGGGGUGAAAUGUGACAACUUAAGUCAUGUGAUCGGUUUGAGUCUCGACAAUGAAACAAUUGUCAGCAUUGACAAUUCAAGCAGCCUUUUCAGUCUUCAGUAUAUUGAGGAGCUGAAUUUGGGUUUCAACUUUUUCAACUCUUCUCCGAUACCUGUUCAGAUGUAUAAUCUUACAAACUUGAGGUACCUGAAUUUAUCAAAUGCUGGUUUCGGUGGGCAGAUUCCAAGUGGAAUAUCAAGGCUGACAAGGUUGGUUACUCUUGAUCUCUCAACUCAGUUUCAAAUUGGUCAGCCACUAAAACUUGAGAAUCCCAACUUAAAACUCUUCUUUGACAAUGCAACUGAGCUUAGUGAAGUUUAUCUUGAUGGUGUUAAUAUCUCAUCUCAAGGUAGUAAGUGGUGUGAAGCCUUGUCUUCAUCUUUGCCUAAUUUAAGAGUCUUAAGCUUGAAAAAUUGUCAUGUUUCUGGACCUAUACACCGUUCCCUUUUGAAGCUUCGUUCUCUCUCUGUCAUCUAUCUGGAUGGCAAUAAUCUGUCCAGUACAAUUCCUGAGUUCUUGGCAAAAUUUUCGAACUUGACAACCUUGAGUCUCAGUGAAUGUAAGCUGCACGGAGAUUUUCCAAUAGCAAUUUUACAGGUACAAACUCUACAGCAUUUGGACCUGUCAAAUAAUCAGGAUCUGAGUGGUGGCUUCCCAGAAUUCCAACAGAAUGGAUCCUUAGAGACAGUAUCACUAAGUUUCACUAGUUUUUCAGGCUUAUUACCAGAUUCCAUUGGUCAUCUUCGCAACUUGUCUAGGAUUGAGCUCUCCAACUGCAAGUUCACUGGGUCAAUACCUUCUACAAUGGCAAACCUUACAGGUUUGGCAUAUGUGGAUUUCUCUAAUAACAAUUUCACUGGUCCUUUCCCAUCUUUCCAUAUGUCAAAGAAACUAACCUACAUAGACCUCUCUCACAAUGCUCUAACAGGUCCACUUUCUUUCUCACAUUUCAAAGGCCUCUCCCAACUGAAAUAUGUUAAUUUAGGGUCCAAUUUAUUGAGUGGGCAAAUUCCCCCAUAUAUGUUUUCCCUCCCAUCACUCCAAAGCCUUUACCUCAAUGAAAAUCUUUUUGAAGACCAAGUCAAUGAAUUUGCUAAUACAUUUGCUUCUCAAUUGGAUACACUCGACUUGAGCAGUAACCGUCUAAAUGGAUCCAUCCCAAAGUCUGUCUUCAAACUUCCAAAGCUGACUGUGUUAUCACUUUCUUCCAACUUCUUUAGUGGGAAGAUGCAGUUCAAUGAUAUUGAGAAGCUCUCUGAUCUAAGUGUACUAGAUCUUUCUUAUAACAAUGUGACAGUUGACACAACAAAUAGUAAUGAAUCAAUGUUCUCCUCUCCCCUCAGAGUAUUGAAUUUGGCUUCAUGUAAGUUGGAAAAGUUUCCAGAUCUUAGAAGUCAAUCAAAGAUGGUAAGAUUAGACCUUUCAGACAAUCAAAUUAAGGGGAGAAUACCAAACUGGAUUUGGCAAGUCGGCAAUGGAGGUCUCACUCUUCUGAAUCUUUCUUAUAAUUUGUUGGAGAAUUUGGAAGAACCUUACAGAAUUAAUACAAGUCUAACAGUAAUUGACUUGCACUCAAACAGACUUCAAGGCAAUCUACCAAUCCCACCAGCAUUUUCCAUCUAUGUUGACUACUCAGACAACAAUUUCAGCAGUGUCAUUCCGCAUGAAAUUGGAAAUUCUCUUGCUGUUGCUCUCUUCAUUUCAUUUUCAAACAAUACACUCGAGGGGAAAAUUCCAAAUUCAUUUUGCAAUUCUAGUUGGCUUCAAGUUCUUGAUUUGUCUCAAAAUCUCUUGAGUGGGAAGAUACCAUCCUGCUUGAUGAAUUCUAGCUCUAUUUUCAUACUGAAUCUCAGGAGAAACAAUCUUGAUGGCACUAUUCCAGAUGAAUUUCCAGACAGCUCUGCAUUAAAAACAUUAGACCUGAGCAGAAAUAUCUUAGUAGGUCGGAUGCCAGGGUCCCUAGUGAAAUGCAAAUCCCUAGAGGUUUUGAAUGUUGGAAACAACAAGAUUGUAGACAAAUUUCCAUGUUUUUUGAGGAGCUCAUCCACUUUGCGUGUCCUAGUCCUGCACUUCAACCAGUUCUUUGGAGAGCUUCAUUGUCCUACUGUCAAUCUGAGCUGGCCGAAUCUUCAAAUCAUCGAUAUUUCUUCCAAUAACUUCACUGGUAAGCUUGAUAGCGGAUACUUCUUAAAUUGGACAGGAAUGAUAGCCAAUGAAGAUUCAUUUCCACCUAAUGAAAAUCAUAUUGGAUUUGCCUCGCAAUUUUAUGAUUUCCAUUAUCAGGACGCAGUGACAGUAACCCUGAAAGGGCUGGAAGUGGAGCUUGUGAAAAUUCUCACAAUCUUCACAUACAUUGAUUUCUCAGGCAACAAGUUUCAUGGGGAUAUACCAGGUUCAAUUGGGACUCUUAGUUCACUUCUUCUUCUCAACCUUUCUCACAAUGCUCUAACAGGCAAAAUCCCUAAACAAUUUGGAAAUUUGGCACUGCUUGAAUCUCUUGACCUGUCAGCUAACCAGUUGAGUGGAGAGAUUCCAAUGCAGCUGUCAAAACUCACGUUUCUUUCAUUCUUGAAUCUAUCCGUAAAUAAGUUUUUUGGCAAGAUUCCAACAGGCCCUCAAAUUCAAACUUUUUCUGAAGAUUCCUUUGAAGAUAAUCCUGGACUUUGUGGACGCCCAUUGAACAGAACUUGCACACCAUCGCCAACAUCGGUGCCUAUUCCUCACAAUUCAGUUUCAACUGUCAACUCUGAUACUGAUUGGCUAUUCACAUUUAUUGGCCUGGGAUUCGGACUAGGCGUGGCAGUUGGUAUAGCACCUCUCUGGUUCAGUAAACAAUGGAGAACAUGGUGUGAUAUGCAGCUCAGGAAACUCAUAAAGCAGUUCUUUCCAACUUAUGGGUUCACCUAUAUCAGGUACAAUGGUGCAAGAGUUGUGGCAGAGGAAACCAUUCAAGAAUUCACUGAAGACUCUGACGAAAUUGAGGAUGAGGAGGAAGAUACAGAGUUCCAUGGCAGGCUUCCCCUCCAUCUGUCAUUUUCUACUUCUCUCCUCUCUAUCAGUCUUCGAAACACCAUACGAGAACCCGACGAGAUGCCAGAGAAACCAAGGUUCCGAUGA